AUGACCUCUAGACUUGACCAAGAAGAGGAUAACAACCAGUGGUUUGGCAACGCAAGUUUUGCCCAUUCUUCCAUUCCGGCCAGCGAACCGCUCGUUCCCGUUUCUUCUCGGAACUAUUCUACACUCCAGGACGGCGGUUAUCACGACGGGUCCCAGCAGCAACCCUUUCAUGAUGAUGGUCUCAAUAAUUGGGGUACAUCUUCUGCCUAUAACAGCAGAGCCUUAUCUUUUGCCGCCCCGCGAAGCAUGCCCACUAUUACUGAAGAGUCUUAUUUGCCUGAAAAUAUGUCACCGUUGUCAAUCAACACCACUCGAAGUCAUUCCGGGAUGCAUAUUGGAGACUAUGACUGUCCACCCCUGUCUACACCCGGCGCUGAAAGUUAUUUUGUCCCUCCGUUUGAUCCAAAGACAUCCUCUAGGCAUUUUGAGUUUUAUGCCCCGGCCAGAAAUGGGUACAAUCAAUCUCUACCCCCCAUUUCAGAAAUAUUCCAGAAAAAUGAGGCAGCUCAACAGAAUUUAAGUACUGCUCUUCCAGAAGUACUCUGGUCCUCCUUACAAGAUCCAAGGUUGAGCAAUAUACACACCCCAUCAUUUCCAGAAAACUUUCAUAAAGAUUUUGGUGAUCUCAUAGAUGGUCUUCAAAGGGCCAGACAUGAUCUGAGGCACAUGGCAGGAGAACUUGCCUGGUCGUACACAGAGUUGAAAGAGAAAAGAGAUGAGCAAUUGACAGUGAUCCCUUCUGGUGAUACUUAG